AUGUGGUCUCCGGCUGCUUUGUUGAACCCGGGCAAGGCCGGGCCUGACCCGCCGCCCCGGCCUCAAUCUGCCGGUGCUAUUCCAACAUCGUCAAGCCUCCCAGUUGCCUCGUUUGUGCAGCCGGACAUGUCAUUCCAAUUUACCAAUCCCGGCGAGACCCUGGCAAUCGAUUUUGCCGGUGUCCCUGCUGCGACUCCCGGACCUGGCACCGAGCAGUACGGCCUCCAUCACCCGGUUCCUGCCUCGCCGGCCUUCCAAAACCGCUUUGGCCGCACCAUCGAGCGCCUGCAUAAUUUGCAGGACCGCAGUGCUGUGCCCCAGCCAAAGCGUAGGAAGACCACAAACGAGAACGACCCUACCCCCCUUCUUCCCACCCAUAACUCCUUCUCCGGAUUCCCUGGGGGCCCGGGCACAAGUAUUCUUACCCAACACAUCAAGCACCAGCAAAUCCCGGAACUUAGCCAGGCCACGCCUGUGCGAAAACCGUCCGAGACGAUUGACUUGACCUCUAACGAUUCGGAGCCCGCCAAGCCCGUUCAAACGCCCAAGGACCCCAUCAAGAACGAGGAAGUCUGCUAUGGAAUGGUGGAGAGCGCUUCGAUUAACUGUCACCGCGUACCAUCACCCAAACCCGGCAUGGUCUCAAUUAAUGGCGAUGGCUAUUGGCCGCAGGUCAAGGUGGUUCUAAAACGCAAGGCGGGUGACCAGACAUGCAAGAUCUAUGUCUACGAUCACACUCGUCACAUCUUUGGAACCGUCGAUGUCAAAACUGCUGAGUGUCUUGCUCCUCUCCUAGACUCGGCGCUCCAAAUUCGGACGGAUUGUCGGAUUCCUUCCCGGCGGAAGCAGCCUGGGGAACAGAUGGGGCAGCCGGCCUCAUUCGCCUGCAAGUUUGAUCUGAUGAUCUAUGGCCCUCGCAAGUACGCCAAUCAGGUGGGCAACCAUCUGUUUUCUCGGAAACUCAACCUCGUGAGCCCACCGCGUGUUGAGAGCGGGGUCAAGGUGUUCAAUCCUCUAGCAACUGAAAAUCGACACACUCCAGCUGCUCGGAGCAGUGCGGGCAGCAGCCACCAAUACCGACCCAUGGCGGUGGUACGCACGGCGGAGGAGAUCCGCUCCGAUGUUCUGGGCGUCUUCGAUUCCCUUCCUAAAUCUGAAGAGCUACCCGAGGCGGACCCCGAUCCGCGAAUCCAGACUGCCUUACUCAAACACCAACGGCAAGCCCUCUACUUCAUGACGGCUCGCGAGUCGGAACAGCUUCCUGACUCCGGAAAGGGCCUCAUCACGUCCACUUGGCAACGCAAGAAGGAUCGAUUCGGCGCCGUGGCCUGGUACAAUGUGGUCACGAACCAAACGCAGCGAGAGCAGCCACCCCCGACACUUGGCGGUAUCCUGGCCGAUAUGAUGGGCCUCGGGAAAACUCUCAGUGUGUUAUCGCUCGUCACCAAGACCCUUGACGCUGCCGACCAGUGGUCACAAACACCCCCUCUCCAGCCCAAAGCACCCGAGCGGAAGCCUCAACAUCAGUUCGAGCAGUUUGACGUGCCGAAGCCAACAUCGCUUGAAUUGACCCUCUUGCGACAAAAUGCCAAGGCCACUCUGCUCGUCUGCCCCCUAAGCACCGUCACCAACUGGGAAGAACAGAUCAAGCAGCACAUUAAGCCCGGCACCAUGACAUACCACGUUUAUCACGGGCCGAACCGUGUGAAAGACGCUGAACAGUUGGCGCAAUUCGACUUGGUCAUCACGACUUAUGGCUCUGUCGUGAGUGAGCUCAACUCGCGAAGCAAGAAAAAGCGCGGCGCAUACCCUCUCGAGGAGAUUGGUUGGUUCCGCAUCGUCCUCGAUGAGGCACACACCAUCCGUGAGCAGAACACGCUAGCCUUCAAGUCGAUUUGCCGGCUGCAGGCAAACCGCCGAUGGGCCGUCACUGGAACGCCGGUCCAGAACAAGUUAGAGGACCUGGCCGCUCUUCUAGCCUUCCUGAGGCUGAAGCCCUUUGAUGAGAAGAGCAAGUUCUUGCAGUUCAUCAUCCAGCCGUUCAAAGCUGCGGAUCCUGAGAUUGUACCCAAGCUUCGGGUCCUGAUUGAUACCAUCACGCUUCGUCGCCUUAAAGACAAGAUCCAUCUUCCCAAGCGCACCGAUGAAGUCAUCAAGCUGGACUUCACGCCUGAGGAACGUCAGGUGUACAACUGGUUCUCGAAGACGGCACAAGACCGCAUCCGGGCCUUGACCGGCCAGGGUCUAGGCCAGGAACGCAUCGUAGGUGGUAGGACUAUGAUACACAUCCUGCGGUCGAUUUUGCAGCUCCGCUUGAUUUGCGCCCAUGGCAAAGAUCUCCUUAGUGAGGAGGAUCUCGCUGACCUCCAGGGCAUGACCGCCGAGACGCCCAUUGAUCUUGACAGCGACGAUGAGGAUCAUCGGCCCGUCCUACACGAGAAGAAGGCGUAUGAAAUGCUGUAUCUGAUGCAAGAGGGCAACAGUGACAACUGCUUUCGAUGCAACGUCAAGCUCGGCGCCGCGGAAGUGGAUGACCCGGAGUCCGAUCGCCAGGACGACAUUCUUGGUUACAUGGCACGAUGCUUCCACGCUAUUUGCCCGGCCUGCGUAAGCCCGCUGCGGAACGAGCAGAACGGGUGUGAGGGGUGCUCGGGGCUCACGAAAUCAUCUUGCAUCGAGCUGCGGCGCAAGCGCGCUGAUGUCGAGCACGAAUCUCGUGCGAUGAAGAAUAAGGCUUCCACAGGCAAAACAGUCUCCGGCGACCGCUACAAUGGCCCACACACCAAGACCCGAGCCCUUCUUGACGAGCUGCUCGUCAACAAGGAGCUGAGCUCCAUUUCCCCUUCGGAGCCACCGCUCAAGUCGGUUGUCUUCUCCGGCUGGACCUCACACCUUGAUCUCAUCCAGAUCGCACUGGACGACGCCGGGAUUAUCUACACCCGUCUCGACGGCAAGAUGUCGCGCACGGCCCGCAACGCUGCCAUGGACUCGUUCCGCGACGACCCUUCGGUGCAAGUCAUCCUAGUCAGCAUCAUGGCCGGCGGUCUCGGUCUGAACCUGACGGCCGGCAACAGCGUCUUUGUCAUGGAGCCGCAGUUCAACCCCGCUGCUGAGGCACAAGCAGUGGACCGCGUCCACCGUCUCGGCCAAACACGCCCAGUCCGCACCGUCCGCUUCGUCAUGAGGGACAGUUUUGAGGAGAAGAUGCUUCAGCUACAGGACAAAAAGAAGAAGCUGGCUAGCUUAAGCAUGGAUAGGGAUCCGAACGACCGGAUAACUGACCGCACUGAAGCCGCCAGGCAGCGACUGAUGGACUUACGCAGCCUAUUCAAAUGA